AUGUUUGAACCGGAGCUCUCAGCAGAAGAGUGUGGGGAAAAGGUGGUGGCUGUUCUCCCUGAAACCUGCAUACAGCAUUUGGAAAGUAACGAUUGGAAAGAGAGGAUUUCCAGCAUGGAUACCCUUCAGAAGACUGUCAGGGAGAUGAAGAAAAGUGAGAUACCAUGCCAAGCCCUAGUGAGACUGCUGUCACAAGGACGCAAGGAAACAAAGCUCCAGGUGAUGCAGAAGAAACUUCACACCAUCACCUUGCUAGCCCAGAAAGGGGACUUCUCCAAAACAUCUGCUCAAAUUGUCCUGGAAAGUGUGGUGGAAAUGGUGGGAGAUGUGUUAUGCAGCAACAAUGCUCAAGGAGCCCUGACAGCUAUAGCAGAGGCAUGUUCAUUGCCUUGGACUGCAAAGACAGCUAUGUUGUUGGCCUUCUCACAGAAUAACUCCAGGAUCCAUUCCAAGAUCUUGGACUGGCUGUCAAAUGCAAUUCUGGAGUUUGGCUUUGCAGGGAUGGAGGCCAAGGCACUGGUCAAUACCCUGAAGAUCGCUCUUGCUGCUGUUCACUCAAGUGUGCAGAGAUCAGCCAUCACCUUGCUGGGGGUUAUUUAUCUGUACAUGGGGGACUCACUGAGAGUACUGAUUGAGAGUGAAGAGCUGCCCCUUCUUCCCCAGAUAGAUGCUGAACUGGAGAAGCUGCAAGGACAGAUCCCACCAAUUCCCAGCCGUGCCAACCCCAAGCCAUGCCUAGAUGACAGGGCCCAGGAGGACCCAGGGGAUUACAGAAGGACUGAAGCCAUAGACAUUGGUGAGAGGAUCACACCAGAGCUGGUGUCAAAGCUGCAGGAGAAGAACUGGACUAUCCAGAGGGAGGGCCUGGAAGAGGUUGCAGGCAUCCUUCAGGAUGCCAGAUUCAUCCAGCCAAACAUCGGAGAGCUUCCAAGAGCCCUGAGGGCUUGUCUCUGCAACCCGAACCCCGCCCUGGUACAGAUGGCCCUGAGGGUCCUCCAGCAACUGUCCACAGCCAUGGGUUCAAACGUCAAACAGCACAUGAAGGACUUGGGCUUUCCCCUCAUUGCUCUGUUUAGGGAAAGCAGGAGCAGCAUGAGAGCUGCCGCCCUGGCUGCCGUGAAUGCCUGGGCUGCACAGAUCAACAUACUGGAGUGUCUGAAUGGGCAGGACGUUUCAGAAGAUCUAGGUGAAGAAAUGCCUUUACAGAAGCAAGAGCUGGUGCAGUGGCUGGCUGAACAGCUGCCAACACUCAAGUCAGCUCCCUCGGACCUGCUUCGUUGUGUGCCUCACCUCUACUCUUCCCUGCAGGACAGCAACAGGGAUGUGCAGACAGCCUCACAGGCAGCCCUGCCUUUCUUCAUAAUGCACCUUGGCUUUGAGAAGAUGACCGAAGCCACCAGUGAGCUGAAAGCAGCUGCAAAGAACCAUGUACUUGCGAUACUAGAGAAUGCCAAUGACAGACCGUCAGCCCAGUCCACUGCUUCUGCUAAGUCACUUUCCAGACACCCUAGAGUCACCAACAGGACUGCUUUCCCUUCUGUGCUAACCACACCACCUGCAGCAACAGCCUUGUCUUCACAAGGAUCAGCUGAAGAGCCAGCACCCAAAACCAGCGGAGAGGAGAAGCAGGGUCCCAAGGAGCCCAAGUCAGGAGAAGCAGUUCUGAAAGACACAGGUGCAGCCAAGGGAAAAGCACAAACGAAUUCCACUCUGAAGGACGGGGUCAGCAAACUGGGACCUAUCUUCAUCAUUGUCCCCAAGGGGAAAGAGCAAAGAAUGAGGGAUGAGAAAGGCAGCAAAGUGCUGCAGUGGAAUUUCACUGCUCCCAGCGACAGGUACGUCAAGCAGCUGAAAGCGCAGAUGAGCAGCUGUGUGUCCAGCAGCUUCCAGGUGGAAAUGUUCCACUCCAGCUUCCCGCACCACAUCAAAGCCUUGGCUAUCAUGGCCAGGCACUUAGAGACAGAGAAGGAAGGAGUUAUCAGCUGCCUGGACCUGAUCCUGAAAUGGCUCACCCUGCGCUUCUUUGACACCAACACAUGGGUGCUUAUCAAGAGCCUAGAUUACCUCAACCUGCUGCUAACCUUGCUGAUCCAAGAAAAGUACCAGCUGACAGAUGAUGAGGCCUUUUCCUUCCUCCCAUACGUGGUCCUGAAGAUGGGGGAGCCAAGGCAAACUGUUCUUAAAUUGGUGCAUGCUGUCCUGAAGAGGAUGUGCCUGGUGUAUCCAGCUAAGAAGGUGUUUGGCUUCCUCAUGGAAGGCAUCAAGUCCAAUAACGCUAAACAGCAGGAAGGCUGCCUAGUGGAGAUGGGUUAUCUCCUUGAAACGUAUGGCCUGGAUGUAUGUGAGCCGAGCCCUAGCAAAGCCUUGAAGAGGAUAGCUGCCUUCCUUGGAGACCAAGACGGUGCUGUUCAUAGUGCUGCUCUAAACAUUAUGGUCACAGCUUGCAAAACUCAUGGGGAAGCCCUGUUCAAAAUGAUUGGGGAUCUUCCUGAAGAACAUAUGAGGAUGCUGGGACAAACUGCAAAACAGGAACCUGGCAGGUCAAGAGUUUCUUCAGCAAAGUGCUUCAGUGAGAAACCUCAGCAUGACUCAAACACAAGAUCUGAAGUCACCUGUCAGCAUGCAGGAGAUGCACCCUCAAAGCCAGAGCCCACCUGCUCUCAAGGAGGAAAUUCGAAUAUGGUGGAUGUGGCUCCCCAGACACUGCCUCCAUGUGUAGGUGAGCAAGCAAGCAGGCUGGUCUCCAGAAAAUACAGUCUCUUUAGACUGAAGGACAUCAUUCAGUUAGAAACGAUCCCUGAAUUCCAAACCCUGCCUAUCUCCUCAGACACUGAUGACACAUGUCAUAUCACCUCCACCAUUAAUUCCCUUAUUUGUUGCAUUAGCAGUGGUGAUACUGACAUCAGCAUCCAGGCAAUGAAAGAAAUUGAGGAGAUCCUGAGACAGAAGAACAAAGUAGAAGCCAUGUCUGGGCACAUUAAUGAGUUCCUUGCAGCCAGCUUUCAAUCACUCAAGUUUAUCAACCAGCAAAAGGAAGCAGAUAAGAAAUGGGAGAAGGAACAUAUCAUUCUGCAAUGUAACUGUGUCAUCCAGGCCUGUAACGGUGUCUUCCAGGAGAAGAAACUGGCUCAGGAGGCCUCAGUGGAAGUGCUUAAGGAUGUAAUGAACAAGCUUUUUACCUUAAUGCUAGACUUCCUGGAUGGAGACCUAGAGGAAGAUCAGAAGCUCAUACAGUCCAUUAAUGUCCUCAUGAAGAGGGUGUUGGAAAAAUCUGACCAGACGAGGAUUUUUUGUGCCUUGCUGAAGCUGCUCCAAGGCAGCCUGACUGCUGAGGGCAGCCCAGAUAAGUUUUCUGACCUGCUAGCCAAGUGCCUCUGGAGGACCACAUGGCUUCUCCCAGGCACCAUCAGCACCAUCAACCUGGAUGAAAUCCUGCUGGAUGUCCACAGGCUCAUGAAGGCUCUCUCAAAGGAAAAACUGAGGCAGCGCACAAACAAACUCCCACUGUGGACCCUGAAAACUCUGCUGCACAACUUGUGCAAGCUGAAAGGAGUGAGGAUCCUGGACCACCUCACCCUGAUUGAAGACGCAGCUGGCUCCGAGGUGGAAGCUUACCUCCGAAAGACAGUCACUCCUACUGCCAAGCAGGGGGAAAACAAAACAGCUGUAGGAGCAGGGGAGGAGGUCCCCCAGGCAGCUCGCAGGGUUGCAAACAACAAAGCAGGGCAGCACAACAGUGAUGUCCCUGCGGGCAUGAAGAACCACCAGCAGAAAUAG